AUGAUGAUCCGUUCCGCCCUCAUUGCCGCUGUCGGCGCUCUUACGUGCGGCAUCGCGUCCGCCCUCGAGACUUUUGAGCGAAACCUUAUCUUCCAGCCACCCGACAACUACACUGACCCUCGCGUCCUGUAUCCUCGUACCGUCCAGCUCAUCGACGGCCGUCUUCUAGCUACUUGGGAAAACUACUCCCCCGAACCUCCCCUGGUCUGGUUUCCCAUCUACGAGUCACUCGACGGCGGCCUCACCUGGGAAGAGGUCGGCCAGGUCCACGACCAAGUCAACAACUGGGGCCUGCGCUACCAGCCUUUCCUGUAUGAGCUGCGGCAGGACUUUGCUGGCUUUCCUGUCGGGACCAUUCUCCUGGCUGGGAACAGUAUCCCCACCGAUCUCAGCGAAACCCAAAUCGACCUGUAUGCUUCGCGGGACAAGGGUCGCACCUGGGAGUUCCUCUCCCACGUUGCGCGUGGCGGCCGUGCCAUUCCUAGCAAUGAGGAGACCCCGGUGUGGGAACCAUUCAUUCUUAUCUUCGAGGAUGACCUGAUUCUGUACUAUGCCGACCAACGCUCAUCCGAGCAUGGGCAGGAAAUCUCCCACCAGACGACCAAGGACCUUAAGAACUGGUCAGACGUCGUCAUUGACGUAACUUACCCAAGGUAUACCGACCGCCCCGGCAUGCCGUUUAUCACCCAGCUAGCCAAUGGCGACUAUAUGUACACAUUUGAAUGGGGCGGUGCCGAUAUUAUCACUCCCUACUCGUUCCCCAUCUACUACCGCAUCGCCAAGGACCCUCGCAAGUUCGCCGAUGCUCCCGACCGCUAUAUCAAGAGCACCAACGGCGGAGUCUUCCCUAUUAACAGCCCCAAUGUCGUCUGGUCUCCCGUCGGUGGCUGCAACGGCACCAUUGUCGUCAGCAGCAACAGCGCUCCUCUCUUUAUCAACCGCCGUGGCGGUGACCCCGACGCUUGGGUAGCCUACGACUCCCCCGAAGCCGGCGCCUACACGCGCAAUCUGCGCGUUUUCGAGGAGGAUCCCGAUUACCUGAUCAUUAUGGGAGCAGGUGUUUUGCCUCCUAGUACUACAAACAAAGUCACCGUCAGCGUGCUCAAACUUAGCAAUCUCCUAGGCCUCAAGCAGGCAUAA